CAGCGAGAUAUCAGGCACAACACCGUCGAGAUGCCUUCCCACAAGACCUUCCGCACGAAGCAAAAGCUUGCGAAGGCUCAGAAGCAGAACCGCCCAAUUCCUCAGUGGAUCCGCCUGAGAACUGGCAACACCAUCCGCUACAACGCUAAGCGACGACACUGGCGCAAGACUCGCAUCGGUAUCUAAGCGACUCGCCCCAACUACGAUACUACUCUCAGCGGACGUCAAGCGGCACUACGAUAUACCACGACUCAAUCGAGAGGAGGACGUUUGCAGCCAUCGGCGCUGAAUACGUGUUGGAUGGCUGCGGCGGACUCUGGGACCAAGAAGCAUUGCAUCGCGUUAUGGACAUCAGGCGUUAGUAUCGCAUGGAGCGAUGGAAUGCUACUUAUGCUGGCUAUGAUCAAGUCUUGCUGAGGAGAUAGCGGACAUGCAAAUGAGAAAGCUUUGAAAAUGCCAUGACUCUGUUUUUUCUUUCUCUCGUGCCGAGGGCUGUUUGGCUAACUACUUCACGACGGAUGGUUGGCCCUGCCGGAGUACCGUUCGCAGAGGCUAUAGCGAUCACGAUAUGACUAUGGUUCAC